GUUGCGAGGUUGUAGAUGCAGGAACACAAAGAAAUGAGCAGCCUCCAACGGUGGAGAUGCGCAUCUCCACUGUUGAUUUCGACCUUCGUUCUCUUCCUCCUCCCUCUCUCUAAUGCGCUCCAGGGGCCCCCGCAGCCAGCUUGCAGCAAAGCCUGUGUAGCAGAGAACUGCAACACUGUUGGGAUAAGAUAUGGGAAGUUUUGUGGAGUUGGAUGGACCGGUUGCCCAGGAGAGAAGCCUUGCGACGAUCUCGACGCCUGUUGCAAGAUCCAUGAUGAAUGUGUUGAAAAAAAAGGGAUGAUGAGUGUAAAAUGCCAUGAGAAGUUUAAGGUUUGCAUUAAGCAAGUCAAGAAAAAAGGAAAAGCAGGGUUUUCAAAAGAUUGCCCUUACAAUGUGGCCGUGCCUACAAUGGUCCAAGGCAUGGACAUGGCCAUCAUGUUCAGUCAGUUAUCAAAUCCAGGCUAUGAACUAUGAGUGGGGGUUGAGCUUGGAAAAUGGCUAUCUCAAUUUCAUCCAAUUGUGCUUGAAGGCUAUUAGCAUUAUGGUUCUCUUCUAUACUAUUGAUUCUGUUCCCAGCAGUGGAUUGAUUAUAUUUUAAGCAAGUUCAGUCAAGUUCAACUAUUUGCAAUU